UCCGUUAGUUUUGCCGUUUUGCUUCGAAACAUUUGUGCUCCAGUGUUCUUCAGACAUGAAUUGCGAUAGCGAAAGUGAUAACUCAGACUACGAGGAUGUCCGUCCUCACUUCUCCUCCGCCCAGUGGGACGAGCUGUCUAGUUACGAAAAAUCGAGCUACCGCAGUGCCAAGGAAAAUUACCAUGCCAUGCAAGCAGCAGGACUCGCUCCAAGACCGCCCCAGUUCAUGAUUCCCAAGCCGGUGCCCGCACAGCGGAAGCAGCCCGCCGCCUUCAAGGCGCCGCCGCCGAAGCGCAGACGGAGCGAAGAUCAGGACGCCGACUGGACUCCCGCGCAAGAGGAACAGCAGGGGUCCUCGCGACGUGCCAAGUUCGUGCCUCCCAAGCCGACCAGGCCCAAGCCCAAGCCGUCCAAGCAGUCGCAGCGGUCCAAGAAGGCUCCAGUGAAGGAGGUCCCCGCCGACGCCGCGCCCCAGGACAAGACCCCCACGCCAACCGUCGACUCAGCGACAGCCCGCUACCCCAAACGCACAGGCAGCAGGAAGUGCUACGCGGGGGCGGAGGCCUUCAACGACGACGACGAGCUGUACUGCGACGACUGCGAGAGGAGCUGGGAGGGCGAGUGCCCCGUCCACGGCCCGCUGCUUGUGAUCCCAGACGCCAAGGUCGAGCCCAAGGACCCGCAGCGCGCGCUGCACACCGUGCCGCCCCAGCUCGCUGUGCUCGACUCGAAGAUCGAGGGCGCAGGCAAGGGCGUCUGGACCAAGCAGGCAGUGCCCAAACGCGCCCGCUUCGGGCCCUACGAGGGGGACAUCACCGAGCCCAACAGGGAGAGUGGCUACGGCUGGGAGAUCCGUCGCGACGGCAAGCCAGUGCAUUGCGUCGACGCGUUGCGAGAGUCGACCUCCAAUUGGAUGCGCUACGUCAACUGCCCUCGGAACGUGGCGGAGGCCAACCUCCAUCCCUUCCAAUUCCAAGGGCACCUCUACUACCGCACGGUGCGGGACGUGCCCGCCAACACGGAGCUCCUCGUGUGGUACGGAGACUCCUACGGGAAGGAGCUGGGGAUAGACCCCAAAGCCUUUAGGGCUCCGGCCGCCAACGCCCACGUCCUCAACGGCACCUUCCCGUGUGACAAGUGCAAAUUAUGCUUUGUGAGUCCUCUGCUGCUGGGCAAGCACCAACGCGGCGGGCACUGCUGGGCUGAGAUCCAGCGCAGGCGCAGCGCGGUGGCCGGCGAGACUUCCCCGGAGGGCGCGGGCGCAGUGUCGGAUGCGGCGGGGCGCCACGGCAAGGCCCACAAGUGCAGCACCUGCGGGGCGGCGUUCUCCAAGGGCAGCGACCUGCUCAAGCACCAGCGGGUGCACACCGGGGAGAGGCCUUUCAGCUGCCCCGUGUGCAACAAGGCGUUUUCAGAGUCUGGCGCUCUUCACCGUCACCAGCGGAUUCACACCGGGGAGAAGCCGUUCACCUGCACCGUGUGCAACAAGGCGUUUGCAGAGUCCGUUCAUCUUCACCGUCACCAGCGGACGCACACCGGUGAGAAGCCGUUCAGUUGCACCGUGUGCAACAAGGCGUUCACACGGGUCAACCAUCUUCACGAUCACCAGCGGACGCACUCCGGUGAGAAGCCGUUCAGCUGCGCCGUGUGCAACAAGGCGUUCACACAGGCCAGCAAUCUUCACCAGCACCAGCGGACGCACUCCGGGGAGAAGCCGUUCACCUGCACCGUAUGCAACAUGGCAUUUACAGUGUCCAGCGCUCUUCACCGUCACCAGCGGAUUCACACCGGUGAGAAGCCGUUCAGCUGCGCGGUGUGCAACAUGACGUUCACAGAAUCCAGCACUCUUCAAGUUCACCAGCGGACGCACUCCGGGGAGAAGCCGUUCACCUGCACCGUGUGCAACAUGGCGUUCACACAGAUCACCCAUCUUCACCAGCACCAGCGAACUCACUCCGGGGAGAAGCCGUUCGCCUGCUCCUUCUGCGUGGCGACGUUCUCCCGGAACGCCGACCGACGCGCACACGAACGGCGCAGUCACGCCGCGCUGCUGGAGCAGCCUGCCCCGGCCGGUGCCGCGCUGGAGUCCGCCCCUGCCGGCCCCGUGGUGGGCGUGCAGGGCGUGCAGCAGGCGGCUGCAGCGCUGGACGGGGACGCGGUGAGCAGCACCACUGCGCAGCAGCCAGUGCCCAACCCGUCGCCCGACGAGCGCGCCUCGCGCCCCUUGGAGUCCGCGCUCCAGGAGUCCGAUGUCUCCAGCACCAGCAAGUGCAGCGGACCAAGCAAGCGGAAGGGGAACAGAAGAUCCGGGGCCAAGGAGAAUCGCCCGCCCUCCAUGCUCUCAUGAAUGAUUUUUUUGUUAGUUAUUUUAUUUAUUUUCACUAACUUUUGAUUGUUUUUUUUUUGUUUUACCAAGUGACUAUUUUCUUAAUGAAUUUGUUUUGUACAUCAGACAAGAUGUCUUAUAUAUGUGUCUUUGACAUUGAUUUUAUUCGUAUCCAUUAACUUCUGUUAUUACAGUGCUAAGUUUACAAAGAGCUGAUUGAAUAAUUUGAAGAGUUAGACAUAAUUUUACGCGUUUUUUGUUAACGCAGGUAGCGUGAUUUGUUACAGGAGUAUAGUUUAUUUUUGUUAUUUUUUUUUGUUUAAGUUUUUAAAUACUAGUUAUCAGUUUUUGACUCGCGUCCUCAUAAACUUGUUUAAUAAUAAUAUUCAUUUGUUACACAUCUUAUAUUGACUCUUGUUAUGUGCUACCACACUUCAAAAAUAAAUUAUAUAUGAAUUUUGGCUAA